CUUUUCGCCUAUUUCGCUGUAGACAAAUCAAUGAUACUCAAAAGUGAAUUUUCGUAGAAACUGUUUGUUGUAUUUUUUUUAUUCAUUUUAUGGUAAAUUGAAGAUUAUUCUCUUCAUGGAAAAUGGUUCUUGGUCAAACUGCGUAACUACCUCAUCAGUUUCGAAAAUGACUCAAGAACGUACUUGGAAGCGACAAAGGCCUGCUGUGCCCUGGGCAUGUCUCUGCUGAGUUUAGACGGGCAGUACAAGUACGACGCUUUGGCCAGCAUCAGCAACACCACCGACGAUAUGAAUAAAGAGCUGCAAAAUUUGACCUUCUGGACUUCUGGUUCUGACGAGGGCUGCGAGUCUGUUUUUGGAUUUUGUUCGGCCAAACGAUUGUUCCGGGACGAGGCCCAGUGGCUGCCGGGACAGCCGGACAACGCCGGAAGAAAGGAGAACCACGUGGCCGUCCACAUUUGGCGCCAGAAGGGACAAGUGCUUCUUGCCGACUACGACGGAAUAAAAAAGUUCAGAUACGUCUGCGAGCAAAGACGGAACCCGCUGUCAAAGAAUGGAAAGCAGGCGAUCAUUGAUGAAUGUUCGCUCAUUUACAACGUCAAUUCAACCGAAAUCGAUUUACUACAGAAUGCGACCAAAUUGGAUUUGCGGAUGAAAUGUUUUUUACAAUGUGUUGGAGACGCUGUCGGCCUGCUGGUUGGUGGGAAGUUUGUGGCGAGCGAGGUGUUUGCAAUGCUUGAGAGAAUAAAUAUGCAAACCGCAGACAGGCUGAUGAAAAGCAUGGCCAUCGUGGGCGAGUGCAACAACAAGACCUAUGGAAUGAACGAGUGCGACAAGGCGUACUGGUUGACCAGGUGCGCCAGGGACAAGGCGCCGAUGAUUUUCGAGCAAAUGAUCAAGGAACUUGAUAACCUAACUUCGGAUGUGAUCAAUAAGAAAUUUUUUGUAAUUUUGUGA